AUGUCUGCUGCGUGGAAAGCCGCCGGUCUCACCUACAACCGCUACCUCGCCAUUGCGGCCCGUACCAUCCGCCGCAGCCUGAAGGAGGACAAGCGCAUCAUCGCCGAGCGCCGUGGCGAGUCUGAGCUCAAGUUCGCCAAGUGGCAGAACGGCAAGGCCUCCGAGAUGAAGAACGUCGCCUCCGAGAACGCUGCUGCCAUGGCUCAGCAGAGCUCCUAA